CCUGACUUUUCCUGCACACCUUUCAAUAUAAUUUUACAAUCUUUGAUUUUUUAUGCUCAUUGCAAUUAAAACUUGAUUUCAUAUGUUCAAAAUUCCAUUGAACUUCACGAGCAAGGAUUAAUUGGCAACCAAAUCCUCAAUUACUAAUAUUUGCUUUACAUUACAACGGAUCAAUUUAAUUUAGUGGUCUCCAACUCAAUUGGUUAUUUUUUUUACCGCUCUUCAUGUCAAUUAGACGUAUCAAAUCUAAUAGCAAAGAAAUUGUGUGGCAAAACUCUCUAGUUAUUCAUAACAAUCUUACCUUUUCAUAUAGCUUACUCGAGAAAUAUGUGAAGAGCAGACCACAAAUGAGGUGAACGUCAACUCCAACCUUACACCUGCAUAUUUAAUACAUAAACAUAAUACCAUCCACACAAAAUCGAGGUAUUGACGUAAAAUACUAUAAAAUGUAAAAUUAAAACAUAUAAAAAACAAAUGUACAAAUCUUUCCAUGCAUAAACUGUCUUUGAGAACUGUUUGCUUUAUAAUAACAACCAUAUUUUAGAAACGUACAACACACUGUAUAUAAAUAGUAAGUUGGACUUAUCAUCGUCCAUAAUAAAUGAGUUUCAAGUCUGGAAAUUAUGCCUGUUUUGUCUUCCUAUGAGCAGUACUGCAACAGGCAGCAUAAUAAUUGACCACCGACGUUAACUUUCUAAAAUUAUGCCUGUUUUGUCUUCCUAAGAGUUUUACUCUCAAUUCAGGGAUCAAAAUUUAUAUCAAUCUUAAUACAUACAUACAUAUAUCAUUACCUCCAUUUCAUAUGUCACUCCCUACAAGAGAUGUUUGGGCCAAAAAGAAAGUCUGACAAGAACAAACAGAGAUUAGAAGAUAUUAUCUUAUCAACCUGGAGGGGAAAAUAGUAGAUAUGAAACAAAACACAAAGAGACCGGCAAGAGUAAUUAACCUCAACAGGCCAGCGAAGAGCGAACAAAAAACGAAAAAAGAGGAAAGAAACGAAGACAAACAUCAAACAUUCGAAGAACAAAACAGGACAGCCCAACGCCAAAAACUCACGAGGGACAAGAAAUCAUAAUCUGAUCGAGAGGCCCCGCAAACAUGACAGCACGACAAAGACCAGAGCGUUCAUUCUCAUCCGAAUCAAUUUCUUAGUUGAUUUUUGCUCCGGUCGCUACCUCCAAAUAUCACAGGGUCACAAUCCAUCGUCGACGCUCCGUGCCUGGGUGCUCCUUUAGAUUCAAGCUUCCCUGGAAGUAGAUUGGUGGCGGUUGGAAAUUGGAAAUUGUCCGUACGAUUCUUUGCUCUAAGUUCGAUUUGUUGUUUUCUUUUGCAUGCAAAUUUUAGCCAAAGCGUUUCUGAGUUUUUUUUAACCAUGAAUUGGAUGUUGAUCGCGAUGCAUGCAGGUUCUAAGUAGCUGGCUAAAAAAUUGACUUGAGUAAGUACCCAGAAAUCGGCAAUAUUUAGCAUAUUUAUCCAGCUACUGCAAUAUUUAGUUUAUGGUUGAAUCUUGAUUUAGGUAAUCGACAGUGACAACAACUUUCAUGUACAUUCACCAUAGCAAAGAAGUAUGAGCAUAUUUUUUUGAAUGAUACAGUGGACUAUAUUUGGCAAUGCAUAAACAGACAACAAAAUUGUGUGAGUUCGGCGAAGAAAGCGAGCUCUUAGCCAAUCUCUGAAAGAGUGGUCAACGAGGACCUGACGAGGAAGCACUCCGACCAGCUAAACUCCGUCGUCAGGUACCGGUCAUGUCGAGACGUACCCCAGCCUUUCUACAUGCAGCUCCCUGCCACCACCCUCACCAUGUGCCCUUCAUGCCAGUGCGUCGCCACGACCAACACCUCCACCGCUUUCGCCGCUCCCGCCUCCACCUCCCCCAGCCCAAUCACCACCGUGACAGCUGUUGCCACAGACGACACCAACAAUUCAUUAACAACAUUGUCUUUCAGUAAACUUGGCGGUGGCGGUGAAAGAAAUGGCAGCAACAGUAUUGUGUGCAUCAGCUCCACAACAAUAGCAACAGCCUCAACCUACCCAACCAGUCGCGUCAUGACUCAAAAAGGAAGGCUACAGCUCCUGAGAAACCACAGGAAAUGGUUGGCGAUAAUAACAAUGAAUUCCAUGAAAUGACCAUCCUAUGAACAAUUAUGCAACUGUAGAAGAAACAAGUAUAACAAAAAAAAAGAAUGAAAGAGCAUCCAACGGCUCGAGAAAGGAAGAAAACUGUGAGAAUCCCCUUCAAAGAUAUGAACGGUUUUAUAGGAAUGGAAAUGGACAGCUAUGUGAUGAUACAAGCACAUGCAACGGCAUUAAACGUCUCCAAUAAUGCAUGUACGGGACAACAACAAUGCACAUCAAUAAUAGAGACCCAAGCAUAGUGUACGUCCCUUUCAUAUUGAAUACAAGAAGACAAAAUAAAGAAGAACGACCCAAGCAUAGUGUACGUCCCUUUCAUAUUGAAUACAAGAAGACAAGAUAAAGAAGAACGACCCAAGCAUAGUGUAUGUCCCUUUCAUAUUGAAUACAAGAAGACAAAAUAGAGAAGAACUCACCUAGUCGCGUCCGUAGGGGAGGAUCUCCUCCUUAGCUACAGUUCGCUUCCUUUCAAAAUUAUAUUCAACUAUUCUAAGCCCAAGUUUAGAGGUCAAAUGCACUUUAGAGGAAAAAUAGUUCACAAUCAACCACCUCAUCUUUCUAAAGCAUAGCCAACCGCGAUUUAGGGGUCGUUUUGAGAAUAUGAGUCUAAAUUUAUAGAUUAUAAACAAUCCAAAGAUGUUUAACUAUUCAGGUCUUCUAAAAAAUAUUUAAAAUGUUUAUUGUUAGUUAACUGUGAUUGUUAACAUUUAAUAAAAAUUCAAAUUCAAUUUUUUAUCCAUAAUAAAAUAUUUAAAUGGUUCGAGAUAUAUUGAGAAUUUAUUUAUACGCAUAUUUUUAGUGGGAUAAAUAAAUAAAAAAAGAAAAGUAUUAAGUAGAAGGAAAAAAUCUCACGAAUCAAGAUAUAUAAUCUCUCUGCUUACGAGAGAUACGAUAUCCGCAGAUUUAGAGAUUAUAUUGUGGAUUUUGGCUUUAGAGAUAUCAAAUCUCUAAAUUCAAAAUCCACACAAAAAAAAAAUUAACUUCCUACAAAAUCCGCGAAUUCAGUAAAUCUAUUGUCGAAAUCCUUUUUCCAAAUGACUCCUUAGAUGCCUCCAAAUCCCUUCCAAAAUUGAAUCCGACCUCGUCCCUCCCUCUCUUCACCUCCAAACAAUUUUUUUGUCCUUUACUAUUUCUCGGCGAGCAUUUCAAGUUGCUUCCUUCUCCGACAAAAUGGAUUGCCUCCAACCAUCUCUCUCCCACUUUUUUCUUUUAUGUUUUCAGACGAGAUGGAGGACGAGUUUCGAAGUGGUAGCGACGACCAAACACUUUUCAUCUAUCCUUCUUAUCUUGAAUCAAUAUCGUCGUCUAUUGACGCUUUGUCCUUUAAAGCCACACCGUCGUCUUUCCUGAACUGACCCUUAUUGUUCUUGACUUCUUUUCCCAAAUCUUCACCCCAAAUCUUACCCCUAUUAUACUUUUAACGUUAUGGUACAACUUCAGAUUGUACCUAUACUUUUUGUACAAAUUCUUUUAUGGUACAACUUGAACUUGUACAUUUAUGUGAUGGUACAACUUCAAGUUGUGAAGUUGUACCUUAACAUAAUUGUACAAAUUCCUUUAUGGUACAACCUGAACUUAUACAUUUAACGUUAUGGUACAACUUCAAAUUGUACAUUAAAGCACCAAUACUAUAGAAGUUCUCAUAUUACAAUUCAAAUGCAUCUUAAAUCUUUCAAUUUUUAAACCAAAAAUUCGACACAUAUGUUCAUUUUCAAGUCCAACUAACAAACAACCCACGUCUAAAAAACCUACGUUAAUUCC